GGCUUGAAAGCAAACAUAUACAUACAUACAUAUAGGAAGAGAGUUAGAGCGAUGAUUAUAAUGCUAAACAGGUUCAUUGGUUUAUCGGCUGCGAUCGUGGGUCGGAGCAGUCGGAUCAGCGGCUUUGCGUUCUCGCCGCUUCUUAAAGCUGGAAAUCAGAACCAGAAUCGCACAAUGUCCGCUGGCAAGGCUUUCAAGGUACUGGUGACACACCCCGAGGUGCCCCAGGAGGGCAUUGAUCUGCUAAAGGAGAACUGCGAGAUCAUCCAGGUGCAGAGUGUUCCCACCAACAGGGCGGAGCUGCUGGAGAAAAUCCGUGGCGUGGAUGGCGUUCUCUGGGGUGGACACCAACCCCUCAAUGCCGAGGCCCUCGAUGCUGCCGGCCCUCAGCUUAAAUCCAUCUCCACCAUGUCGGCGGGCAUCGACUACGUCGAUGUGCCGGAGGUCAAGAGGCGCAAGAUCCCGCUGGGACACACGCCCACCGUUCUCAACACCGCCGUGGCGGAUUUGGCAGUGGGUCUCCUCAUUGCCGCCAGUCGCCGUUUCCACGAGGGUCGCAAGAAGAUCGACAACGACCAGUGGGAAAACUACCAUCUUAACUGGCUGUUGGGCCAGGAUAUCCGUGACUCCACCGUGGGAUUCUAUGGCUUCGGAGGUAUUGGUCAGGCUAUUGCCAAGCGCUUGUCUGGAUUCGACAUUGACAAGGUGCUGUACACUACACGCCGUCGUGUUCACAAGGAGAUCGAGGAGGAGUUCAAUGCCAAGAAAGUGGACUUCGAUACCCUUCUGGCCGAGAGUGACUUUAUUGUGAUCGCUUCUCCUUUGACCAAGGACACACAAGGCGUCUUUAAUGCCACCGCCUUUAACAAGAUGAAGCAGACUGCAGUGCUGAUUAAUAUUGCCAGAGGCAAAAUUGUCAACCAGGAUGACCUCUACGAGGCUUUGAAGUCCAACCGAAUCUUUUCCGCCGGACUCGACGUCACGGAUCCGGAACCUUUGUCGCCCACGGAUAAGCUCUUGACGCUUGACAAUGCUGUCGUCCUGCCCCACAUUGGAUCAGCCACAAAGCGCACCCGUGCCGACAUGUCCACCAUUGCUGCCCAUAAUGUGCUCCGCGGCUUGGCUGGGGAGCCCAUGCUGUCGCCCGCGUACUAGUAGAUUUACAUACAAUUAUGGAAAAUAUGGCUUUCCAGCGCUGCUUACCAGUUUGGGAUGCCAGCCCAAAAAGGCCUUGACUUGUCAGUAGAUGUGAAAAUAAAGUUGCAAAGAAAAAAAACAA